CUACAUUAGACACUUGCACCACCACUUGUCAAAACAAAUCCGAGUUUUCGCUCCGUGUUUGUAGGUUUCUUUUGUUUUAAAAGACAAAACUCCUAGAAGGACAACAUCCAUGAACUCCCACUCAUCGGUAGCAGUUGCUAACAGAAGGUCACACGGCUGCUUUUGGAUAAUAUCGGACGUGUUUCGUGUGCAAUGUGGGAGUAAUACGUUUCCUCAGGAGGUGCCAUGUUAGCCACACAGAUACCCGACAUGCCACCAGAGGCUAAAGAUGUCAGACAGAUCAAAGAGACGUUGGCACAGUCACUAAAGGCGCUGCAGAAGCGAUAUGUAACGUCAGACUCAGUGGUGACCAGUGAAGAUGGUGAUGCUAACUUGCUCUGCUGCGCCUUAGAGGCCAUCUUCAUCCACGGUAUUAGGAGCAAGUACAUCCGCACAGAGGCUGCUGGUCGGGCACGGAAAGGGAAUCGAGGCCCCCUUCCUCAGCCUUUCUUCUGGAGCCUCCUUAAGUCCAUCACCCAUCGUGAUGUCAUUAUGGAGCUGGAAAAGAUCAGCUUUGUGGGAACUGAUGUUGGUCGCUGCAGAGCGUGGCUUCGUCUGGCCCUCAACCAUGGCCUGCUGGAGUGCUACCUGGUAUCUCUUUUUCGGGAGGACUCCAAACUGCGUACCCACUAUCAACCCAGUGCCUUGCUCCUUAAUACUGAGGAACGGGAAGUUCUCCUCAGUUAUCUCCAAGGUCUAGCGUCACUUCAGUUCAGCCUUUCUUACAAGUCAUCUGUUCUCAAUGAGUGGACCACCACACCACUGGUCCUGGCUGGCCUCUGCCCUCUAUACCAGGCAGAUUCACCCAGCGUGUCCCACAACGGCAGGGACUACCUUACGUCAACCCACCUGCGUAAAGAAUCAUGGGACACAGUUUCUCAGUCAUCGGGCUCUUCAGAUUUCUUGGAUACACAGACAGGGUGUCCAGUGUUAACAGGCAAGGAGUCCAGUGCUAUACAAGAUGCCAGGACUGCACUAAACUCGUCUAACCUUAGCCUGGAAACGACUGGAUCCUCUCAGCUCUCCUCCAGUCUGAGCUCUGAUAGCCUCCUGCAGGGGCAGGACCCCCACAGCUCAACAGAACAGUGGUCCUCCUGUGACCUGGAUUUACCUGUAAAUGGUAAUAUAAGCACGAGGCAGCAAAAAGAUUCACUCACAGGUGAGAGUGGACAAUGCAGUCAGGACUCCCUGCGUGAGGACUCCUUUGUCUCAAGUAUGGGACCAGAUCAGUUUUCAGACACAGCAGUUUUAAGUGGUUCUGACAGUGACAUCCAGGCCUCUGCUUCACUGACCCACGACCUUAAAGACCGGCCUCCGAAAACAGUCCUGUGGGAAUCGCAGCCACCGACAGCUGCGGAUGAUGUGCCAUUGUGUGCUGAAAAUCACGUCAAUUACAUUCCAUCUGAUGUUUGCAAAAAUAUUUCUGUGGAAUUAAAGGUGGACAUGCCGACAAUCUCUGACCCUGUAGAGACUGUGGAGGCAGGAAGUGCAGGUGAUGUUCAGGAGACGUUUGAGUCUGUUCAAGAACAGACUCAAACGUCUGCAGCAGCAACUUUAAAGAACAGCAGCUCACAGCCGCUGCUACACCCAGGAGAGCAACACUUCAUCAGCGUGGUGAGCAGGAAACAGUCCACAGAUUCUCUAACACAUUCCCCUUCCUGGAUCUCUGAUGAUGAUAUCUACAAGCCUCAGCUCGAGGUGGUCUCAGAUCAUGAUAAGGCCCUCCUAUCUGUUCCAACACCUGAACCCGAGGUCUCUCAGACGCCACCAAGUGUCAUUCAUCGCAGACAAAUAGGACUAUCCAACCCAUUCCGUGGUUUGCUGAAGCUCGGUCAUCUAGAGAGACGAGGUGCUUUGGCGAUGUGGCAUGACUAUUACUGCGAGCUGUCACCCUUUGAGUUUCGCCUGUAUUCAAAUGCAGAGGAGCGGACAUGCUGCGAGAACUGCUACCUGGUGCGUUGUGAAGACGCCCAGGUGACCUCAUCUGAGGGCCGCUUUGAGUUGGCGUUUCCAGGGAAACGACUGUACCUACGAGCAGCAAAUCAGGAUGAAGCGGAGGAUUGGGUGGACAGGAUACUGGAGGCUGUGAACAAAUGUCGGCCAGCAUCCCACAUGGAUGAGCAGUGGGAAGUCCUGCGACCUACUACUGAGAAUGGUGCAGAUGAGUGCACAUUCUCAUCACCAUCCUCUGCUCCCUCCAGCCCUGAAAAAGGCGUCUCAACGUCAGACUCAAGGACUGGUGUAGGACCUGAGGCAGCUUCUCUGUCGGUUCAGGAGUUUGACUGGACAAGGACUGGUGAUAUAGAAACCGACGCCAUCAAAGAGGCCGUUUUGUACUUCUCCACAGAUGCUGAUACUCGGACAUGGACACCUCUGGUCUUCUCUCUCUCUCUGGAGACCUUGAAAGGAUUCCGUGUUCAAGAUGGAAGAAAGUUUGUGCAUCUAACUUAUCCAAUCGAAGAAAUCCGGGAUGUGGUGCCUGAUGUCUCCUCAGGAGGACCAGAUUUUUUUAAGCUUCUGACUGUUAACAAAACUCUUAGACUCAGGGCAGAGAACCCAGAGGAGGCUCGCUCAUGGAGGGUUUCGAUCCGUGGAGCUCUGGACGCUUACCUGGAGAGUGGGGAAGGGUGUUGUGAUGAUCCAGCUGCAGUACAUCAGGGAGUGAGUGGGAACCUUCACAGGCUGGUACAACACAGAUUAAAAGAAGACGCAUCUCUUUUGGUGCAUCUGUGCACAGUGCCAUCAGAGAAGGGACUGGACACUCAGAAUUUCAAGUGUGCAGGUGACAGUUGUCCUCAGCAGAUCGGUCCGUCCCUGGGCAGAGCCAGGCUGUGUGAGUUCUCUGGCCAACACUACUGUGAAUCUUGUCACCACGGUGACGCCACCAUCAUCCCGUCUCGCAUGGUGCACAACUGGGAUCUCACUCAGAGAGAGGUAUCCAGGAAAGCCCUGCAGCUAUUAGCCAAGAUAGAACAGGAACCUCUGCUGGACCUGGGGCAGUUAAAUCCUGGUUUACUGAAUCAUGCUGAGUCCAUGGCUCUGGUCCACAACCUGAGACAAAGACUCCGGCUCCUUGGUGACUACAUACUCACCUGCCGAAGCAAAGCUUACAAGAAACUUCAGUCCAGAAUGGGACAGCGACUAUACUUGUUGGAGUCAAGCCAUCUGUACAGUGUGAUGGACCUGAGACAGAUAGCAGAGGGUCAGUUUGCAACCCACCUGAUGACACUUUUGCAGUUUGCCUCCAACCAUGUUUUCCAGUGUGAUCUGUGUACACAGCGUGGCUUCAUUUGCCAAAUAUGUCAUGCAAAUGACACCAUCUUCCCCUUUCAAUUUGACAGCACCACCAGGUGUAAGGAGUGUAAAGCUGUGUUUCAUCGGGCGUGUAAGACUCCUGGUCUGGGCUGCCCUCGCUGUCAGAGAAUGAAGAAAUACCAGGAGAGGGACUGCCAGGACUGAGACCAGAAAGCAGGGUAGGGGUAUGAAGAUCAACACCAAGACCACCCUACUAAACAGACUAGACGGUAAAGUUCCAAAUAGGCAAAGCUUUACGUGAAGUAACCUCAAGUGCACUUUUAUGAAAUGUGUAGCCUUCCCAAAAUUACACGAACAUUGAAGAGACUCAGUGCCACAGUAGCGCCUACAUGUGGUGAAUUAGUCAGACAUUGCGCUUUACAAUGCUCUUACCAUGUGGCUAAAUAUUACUAACUGAUACCUCUCUAUACUGAUGGCAUCACGUGGAAAGUACUGCAGACUGUGUCUUGGAGAUGGGUGUUGCUAUUUAGCUAUAAAAAGUGCCAGUAAACUUUUUUUUCCUAAAGGUUGUUUAUUGGUAGUUUGAGGUAUCAGGAAAUUUAUGGGCAAGAAAAGCAGUGGCACACGGCAGUAAAAUGUAAAACUAGACUGUUUAUCAACCAAAUGACUACAUCCAUUUCUCAUGCACAGUCUAUGCACAAGACAGCAUUGUAGGUUACUGCCAACACUUUUAUGUACUACGUUUUUGGUUUUUAUUUUUUUCUUUGUAUCAUUGUGUUAAAUGCAUUCUUAAUAUGUCAUGUUUACCAGAAACCUGCCCUGUGUCCCACAAAAGCAGAUAGAAAUAACAACAGAGUGCAGGAGUGAGGUUGUGGCUUUUAAAUGCAAAAGUGAUGAAAAUAGAUC